AUGAAGGCAAUACCGUUGGAUGCGCCAUCACCGGUAUUUGCUGUCAAGCUCAUACACAAGGGUUAUGCGGUCAGGCAAGGCCGCAUCUCGGCUAAACAGAUUGCGAUGGAGGUGUCGUUACACUCGCACAUCGGCCAACACCCAAACAUCAUUGAAUGGUUCGCCACGGGUGAGGACGCAGUAUGGAGAUGGAUCGCCAUGGAAUUUGCCGAGGGAGGCGACCUCUUCGACAAGAUUGAAGCAGAUGUUGGCGUUCAGGAGGAUAUUGCCCACCUCUACUUUCUGCAACUGAUCGGUGGUGUCAGCUUCAUGCAUUCGAAGGGGGUGGCCCACCGCGAUCUCAAACCCGAAAACAUCCUCCUCUCGGAAAGUGGCAAUCUAAAACUCGCCGACUUCGGCAUGGCGACCAUGUUCGAGUACAAGGGCGCGAGGAAGCAGAGCACCACCAUGUGCGGGAGCCCACCCUACAUCGCCCCUGAAGUUUUGGACUGUGCAAGGCAGGAGAAGAAGUCAGCAGACGGAGCGAAGUACUCGGCCGAUUUGGUUGAUAUUUGGUCAUGCGGCGUCAUCUUGUUUGUCCUUUUGGUCGGCAACACACCCUGGGAUGAGCCGACUGCGGGGAGUUGGGAAUUCCAAGAAUAUGUCAAGAACAACGGUCGCAGCACCGAUGCGCUAUGGGGGAGACUGCCCGGUGACGCCUUGUCAUUGCUCCGCGGCAUGAUGAACAUCGAGCCGCACAAGCGGUUUUCGUUUGCCCAGAUCCGCCAGCACCCGUGGUACACCCGCCGCAACCCCCUCCUGACCGCCGAUGGCAAGGUCUCGGACCCCAUCGCCCUCGCAGCACAGAUGCUCGCCGCCCUGCGUAUCGAUCUCAGCGCCGAACCCACGCCAUCUCAGCGCCAGUCCCAGCCCGAACUCAUGGAAAUCGACACCCGCCACAGCCAGGAUUGGUCCUCGCGACUCCCCGCCACCCAACCCGAAACCCCCAUCACCGACGCCCUCUUCGACUUCGAGCACCCACCCCCCCGCACCCUCGGCACUUACGCCAUCUCCUCCACCCAACCCCUCGCGAGCUCCGCCCUCGCUGCAUCAACAGUAGCCGCCGCCGCCGCAGCAGCAGGCAGCAGACAACCCCCGACCAGCAGCUUCAACGCAGCACUCGCCGCCCUCGCCGACGAACCCACCAUGAGCCAGUUCUCGCAAACACCUGGCGUGCCUCUCUCACUAACCCAGCACGCGCGCCAGUUCCGCGACAUCGUGCCGGCGUACUCGCUCACGCGCUUCUUCUCGCACGUGCCGCCCACCCUGCUCGUGCAGAUGCUGCACGAUGCCCUCCACCAGCUCAACGUCCCGCUGCCGCUGCGCACCCCGGCCGUUGCGGCUGAUCCGGCGGCCGAGCAUGUCGCGACGUUGAAGGUGCGGACGCUGGAUGAGCGCCGCCAGGGGCUGCAUGGCGAUGUGUUGGUGGAUCGGAUUCGGUUGGUGGGGGUGGAGGAGGGGGUCGAGGUGUUGGAGGUAAGGUUUGUGAAGGUUAAGGGGGAUCCGUUGGAGUGGAGGAGGUUUUUCAAGAAGGUUGCGCUGCUGUGUCGUGAUGCUGUGUAUAGUGGUGAUGGGGGUGGUGGCGGGGCUGGGGGUGCGGUUAUGGGUGAGGCGUAG